UUUUGCAUGCUUUGAUUUGGCACCUUGUAGCCAGUGGCCUGCAGCCAUGGCGGGGGGUUACAAGGAUGCAGCUGCAGCAUCAGCAAAAUAUUCUGAGACAAUGAAGAAGGAAAUGAAAAGCAGCCUCAUCUACAAACACGAGGAUGGGAUGAAUUAUGCAAAAUGCUUUGAGAGAAUAAUCGUCGGAUCCUGUUUGCAAUCGCCUUCAGAUGUGGAUACGCUCAAGAAGGAGGGUGUUGGCAUUGUUUUCUGCCUCCAGGAAGACAAGGACAUGGCGCACUUCAACAUUGACUUGGAACCAAUACUCGCGCGUGCGGUGGAGCUAGAUGUUAAGCAUGUAAGGCAUCCAAUCAAGGACUUCGACCCACUCUCCUUGCGAAGGCACAUUCCUGAUGCAGUUCGAUGCCUGGCUUCAGAGAUGACUGCACGGCCGGAGGCCUUGGUCUACAUCCAUUGCACUGCUGGCUUGGGCCGAGCGCCUGCCACUGCAUUGGCUUACAUGUUCUUGAUUGAAGGCAUGGACCUGGACGAAGCUUAUGCCGAGCUGUACAAAUCUCGGAGAUGCCACCCACAAUUGCAGAUGGUCCGUGCGGCUGCAUGUGAUAUGUUGUCAGGAGAUAUGGGCUCUGGCCAUUUGCACAUAGCGAUCAAGAAACCAAAGGCCAAGACGGUUGAGAUCGCCGGGCUGGAUGUGGGCUGGCACGAGCGAAUUCCUCUGGUCAAGGAUGCAAAGACAGGUGGCUUUGUACUCGACAGAGAAACUCCGCCUGGUGUCUACCAGUACAAAUUCAUUGUGGAUGGCGAGUGGCACCUUGCUGCACAUCCGGCGCAUACAGAAAAGACAGAAACAGGUCAUCCACACUUGUUGCAAAGCCAUUGUUCAAAGCUGCAGAUCUUUGUUGAGACUUCAGGAUGGCAGAUCCGGAGUUGCCUUCUGUGACGGAUAACGGCAAUUUGAACAACUUGGCCAGGGUGAACCCAACACCAGGCAGUCCAGAUGCAGAACGAAGGGCUCGCAUCAUGCGCAAAGGGGGGCUGCCUACCGAAGAGGAGUGGCAACGACUGCGUGUCAUGCUGGUGGGCUCAGUCUGAUCCAAAGUCCGGGAGAUCAGCGGUCUUCCUCCGUCAGAUGAACCACGGUGUCUGGAAAAGAG